GGAAGUUCCAGUAAAAGGGUGAGAACCUUAUAAGGGGAAAUCAAACGUACACAAACCAAAUAGACGAUCUCUUCUGGAUUUUUACUUUGACAAAUGUUAUGAUAGAGGUGAACAGCUCUGUGAAGAUGGACUUGGAACAAAGCUUGGACCAUAGUCUGAGACUGGCCAGUGGAAGCAUCAGUUCAGUGUUGGAGAGAAAUAUCUUGAGACCUUCUGGCAGAGGCAACAGCCUCAAGUUCAUUUGCAUGUUUCAAAAUGAUGCCAGAAGAGACUUCCUGCCAGAUGAGUGCCAAGACUCUGUGCUAGUACAUUUGCCAGCUCGGUGCAGUGUGUAUCAGCUGCGUCUGCGCAUCUGCAUGUUGGUUCAGGACAAGAAGCUCCUCACAGAGCCACUUGCCAUCCUGGAACCAGAAAGAUAUAUGCUACUCUACAAGAAAGGGAACAACUGGUAUGAGAUCUAUGACGAUUUCCAGGUCCUUCAGACACUUGAUGCAAUGUGGUGCCAGGAUACCCAGGGUGUAAGGACGUACAGGAUCUUAGUCUUGCCCUGCCCUGAUGACACAGAGGAGAGGCGGAGCUCCCAGAAGAUGCUAACAGACCUGAUUGGAUAUGACCUCAGCGCUGCAGCUACUGACAGACUGAGCGAACUGAACUUCACACGCAGGAAGUUUGCCUCUCCCCGUAAGGAGGAGUUGCAGAGACGUGACCCCAAGGCCUAUGCUUUAGAGCCUUGGACCACCUCAGUUCCCAUCACAAAGGAUCAACAAUCCAAGUUUACCCAGGCACUCACUGUCACCCUCUACUAUGGAGACUUAAGCUUCAAGCUAAAGGUGGACAUCAAGAUGGCUGCUAACUAUGUGCUCAAUGCCUUCAAAGAGAUAAUGUCUGAAAAUGGGCACACUUUGGAAUGUGCAGCUGAUGAUCUGGUGCUAAAAGUUUGUGGGAGGGAGGAGUUCAUCUCAGGAAAGUCUCAGCUUUCAGAUUUCCUAUGGGUGCGACACUGUUUGAAAACUAAGCAGGAGAUGCACCUGUCUGUCUUCCCAUUUACUUCCCUCGAGAAAGACACAGUGAGGAUGGAGGAUUUGCCCCUGGUGGACAGCUUUACUGGGCUCUCCAACUCUCACAAUGAGCUCACCCUGGCUAACAAAGAUGUGGAUGAUGUCCUGAUGAUAUCAUUGUGGGACUGUGAAAGAAAGUUCAGAGUUAAACUGCUGGGUUUUGAUAUCCCCAAUCUCCCAUGUAGUGCCUGUCAGAAUGUUUAUGUUGAGGCAUCCAUCCUGUAUGGAAAUAAGGUGGUCUCCUCAAUCUGUUCCACCCCAAAGCCCUUUACAGAGGACGUUUUCUGGAACACGUGGCUAGAGUUUGAUGUGCCAAUGAAAGUUCUCCCAAGUGGUUCAAGGCUAGGACUCACAAUCAACUCCAUUUCCCUUGAUGGAAAUGCCUCCAGGGAGUCCAAGUCUAUGGGAGGGAAGUUUACAGAUUCUCAGAAAGGAAAGGGAAAACCACUGUACUUUGUAAACCUUUUACUUUUUGACCACAAAUCUGUCUUGAGACAAGGCUUGCAAAGCCUUCAUAUGUGGCCUUUUGCUGAGCAAGAGGGAGAUGUGUUAACUUAUGAAGCUGACAAGCUGUCCACUGCCACUAACCCAGACCAGGUGAAUUCCAUGGCCAUCACAGUCCUCUUGGACCAGUACAACUAUCCAGUUGUCCUUCCUAACAGCACCUCUUCUCAUGGGCGCUGCUCUUCCCCCACAGCCUCAGAUGUGGAGGAGGUAGGUGACAUGAGCAUGUCUCCGUUGUCCAUGUCAGGUAACACUGCUAACCUCAUGAGACUGAAGAAACAAAGUGUGCACUUUAGUGCCAACCUACCCCAGUACCUCCGGAAGGUCGACUGGUUGAAGCCACGCGCUGUACAGGAUGUCCACUGGUUGCUGCACAACUGGGACCCCAAGGACCUGGAUGUUCCCACUGCCCUGGGACUGCUCAGUGUGGAUUUUGCCGAUGAACAGGUCAGGAAGCUGGCAGUGGAAAAACUGGAGAGCCUGUCCAAUGAUGACAUACUUAGGUACCUUCUGCAGUUGGUGCAGACCUUGAAAGUCGAGCCCUAUCAUGACAGCUUUCUAGCCAGAUUCCUCAUCCAAAGAGCACUUCGAAGUAAGAAAAUAGGACAUUUCUUUUUCUGGUAUCUGAGAAGUGAGGUGACCGGAUCUCCGUACUUCCGGCAACGCCUGGCUGUGGUGCUGGAGGCAUACCUACUAGGAUGUGGUCAGGCCAUGCUGGACAGCUUCCAGCGACAGGUGGAGCUGGUGAAGUCAUUGGAGGAAGUGGCCAUCGAAAUCAAGAAACACUUCCCUGAAAAGACUGACCUUGCACCAAAUGCUGCUGCCUUGGUGCAGGACAUGCUACGUACCUGCAAACUGCCUGUGGACUUCCAGGUGCCAUUUGACCCCCGUAUCAGAGCAGGGCCUAUAAUGCUGGACUGUUGCAAGGUUAUGGCUUCUAAGAAGAAGCCCCUGUGGCUGGAGUUUUCCUCUGCAUGCUCAGAGGGUCCCCCCAACCCAGCUGUGGGCAUCAUCUUCAAGCAUGGUGAUGACCUACGUCAGGACAUGCUGGUCAUUCAGACACUGAUGAUUAUGGAUUCAAUCUGGCAAGAAAAAGCACUUGAUCUAAACCUGGUGCCCUAUGGCUGUAUCUCCACUGGAUAUAACAUAGGUAUGAUUGAAAUAGUGAGGAACGCUGCCACCAUUGCCACGGUGCAGCGCACCAAAGGUGGCUCAUCAGGGGCCUUCAGAAAUGACGCCCUAUUCGAGUGGCUCAAGGGGAGGAACCUGCUGCAAGAAAUACACUUUAACGCCAUGGAAAGGUUUGUCACUUCCUGUGCUGGAUACUGUGUGGCCACUUACGUGCUGGGGAUAGGGGACCGGCACAACGACAACAUCAUGAUCAUGGACCAGGGAAAUCUCUUUCAUAUCGAUUUUGGGCACAUCAUGGGCAACACCAAGCGAUUUCUGGGCGUGAACCGGGAGAGAGCUCCAUUUGUCCUGACACCAGAUUUCCUGUAUGUCAUGGGCAGAGUGGGCAGUCUGUACUUCAAGAGGUUCACGGAUACCUGUGUCCAGGCCUACCUGGCCCUGCGUUGCCACUCCCAUCUGCUGAUCACGCUCUUCUCCCUCAUGCUGCUGACUGGGAUCCCCGAGCUUAGCUGUGCGCAGGACAUAACCUACCUGCGGGAGGCGCUGCAGGAGGGCCGCAGUGAGGAGGAGGCAGGCCAGCACUUCCUGCAGCAGAUCGCCAAAUGUGAGCAGCUGGGCUGGACUGUGCAGGCCAACUGGUGGAUCCACAUGAUGAUGGGCAUCAAGGGCUGACUUUCAGCUCCACCCUGAAAAAAAUAGCCUUGCAUUUACUUUUGGUGACGAUUGAACUGCUUGUGAAGAAGAAGAAAAAAAGCAUUUGUUUUAAUCAUGAAUUUUGGUUUAUACAGUCAAUUGUUCCUGGCAAUUUUGUCUGCUAUUAAGGAUAUUUUAGAUAUUUAGAAAAGUCUCUGAGCACCUGCUAGUUUUGCAGGGGAUGUUAAAGGGCAUUUGGGGAUUUGUGCCAUUGUGGCAUUUUUUGUCUGUGCAACAUGGUUGCAGUUUUAAUUUACUCCACUAGGUGACACCCAUUCAUGGGGAAGACCUUAAAUCCCUACUGAUGACUGGAUAGUCAACGCCCAGAGUGCUUGGAAUGUAUGUCAAUUCCACAAAUGAAUGUUAUUUUACGCAGAAAUGUAUAUUCUAUUGAUAUUAUUCUUAUUAUAUCAAUAGUUCAUAUUUAGCAUUUAUAAUAUACAUACAUGAUGUUAAGAUGAUUGUGUACGCAUUGUAAUGUAAGAAAAAACCCUUUCUUAACUGUAUUUAUCCUCUGGCUUAUUAUGUUCACUGAAGGAUGAUGAGGACCAAUGGGUUACAUGAUGGCACACUUUUCUGCUAAGCUGCA